AUGGACACCACACUGGUGCUGCUCUUGGGCCUGCAGGCUUUGGCUGGAUACGGCCUGAAGCCUCAGAGAAGGGGCUCUGUCCCAGACUGGGCCAUCGUGUUGAUCACUCUCACUGUGGUGACAGCAGUCUUCAGCCUACUGUAUGGUAUUAAGAAGGCUAAAGAUAACUCCAUAAACUCUGUAACUCAUCCUGAAGCACCUCUGACUUCUGAACAAAAUGCCAGCAAUCAAGAAGGAGGCCUAAGUAACUGGAAUGAACGCACAAUCACUAGCACAGGUACGAGAUCUGUUGAAAAACUGGCAGCCACAACACGCAACAGCAAGACAACUUGUCGUAAGCGCACAACAAUCAGAGGAGAAACAAGUAACAAGUACUCAACAGAGCCCACGGGACAUGGAGAAAAGACCACAUCAGGCCACAAGAGGACCACAGGCGCCUCGGCAGAGCCCACGGGACACGGAGGAAAGACCACACCAGGCCACGAGAGGACCACAGGCGCCUCGGCAGAACCCAAGGGACACGGAGGAAAGACCACGCCAGGCCACGAGAGGACCACAGACGCCUCGGCAGAACCCACGGGACACGGAGGAAAGACCACGCCAGGCCACGAGAGGACCACAGGCGCCUCGGCAGAACCCACGGGACACGGAGGAAAGACCACGCCAGGCCACGAGAGGACCACAGGCGCCUCGGCAGAAUCCACGGGACACGGAGGAAAGACCACGCCAGGCCACGAGAGGACCACAGGCGCCUCGGCAGAGCCCACGGGACACGGAGGAAAGACCACGCCAGGCCACAAGAGGACCACAGGCGCCUCGGCAGAGCCCACGGGACACGGAGGAAAGACCACGCCAGGCCACGAGAGGACCACAGACGCCUCGGCAGAGCCCACGGGACACGGAGGAAAGACCACGCCAGGCCACGAGAGGACCACAGACGCCUCGGCAGAGCCCACGGGACACGGAGGAAAGACCACACCAGGCCACGAGAGGACCAAAGACGCCUCGGCAGAGCCCACGGGACACGGAGGAAAGACCACACCAGGCCACGAGAGGACCACAGGUGCCUUGGCAGAACCCACGGAACAUGGAGGAAAUAACACAUCAGGCCACAAGAGGACCACAGGAGCCCCUUCCAUCACAUCAGAAGCCCCUAGCAGCAAGAGCCAACCACACCAGAAUGGCUCACAAGAUCACUAUCCUGGAGAGACGAGGGAGAAUGAUUCCUUCCCUGCAUGGGCCAUAGUUGUUGUGGUCCUGUUGAGUGUGAUUCUCCUCCUGGUAUUCAUUGGCCUGAUCUUCUUGUUCUGCUCUUUGAGGGGAACACACAAUGCACAGAUCCAGAACACUAAGGACAAUGACCCAGAGUAUUAUGGCGGCCACAAUUCCUACCCAGUCCACUUGAUGGAGCAGCAGACUCUUGGAAAGACCCCUUCCCCACGAUGA